GUUGGAGUGUCCGGUGGAAGCGUGUUUUGUAAGUUGCUCUGCUAGUGGACCAUGGCGAGUGUGUGUGUUCGAGCUGUGAGGCGAAGCUAUUCCCUGUUAACAUCAUCGGCUCUGACAAGGGCCUCGCAGCGGAUGCUGUGUACAGCCACACAGCAGAAGAAUGGCCCGGCUCCUGAGGAGGGCGCCGAAAAACCCGAGCAGUCAGAUGCAGAGAAAAUCCAGAAAGAGAUGACCCAGCUAGAAGAACAACUCAAGGACAUGACGGAAAAGUACAAACGCGCCCUGGCUGACACAGAGAACCUCCGGUCAAGGAGCCAGAGGAUGGUCGAAGAUGCUAAAUUAUACGGUAUCCAGGGCUUCUGCAAGGACCUGCUGGAGGUGGCUGACAUCCUGGAGAAGGCAACGCAGAGUGUUCCCAAGGAGGAAGUGAGCAGUCAGAACCCUCACCUUAAGAAUCUGUUUGACGGCCUGGUGAUGACCGAGACCCAAAUUCAGAAGGUGUUCACAAAGCACGGCCUGGUCAAGCUCAACCCUGACGGCCAGAAGUUUGACCCCUACGAGCAUGAGGCGCUCUUCCACGCUCCGGUAGAAGGCAAGGAGCCUGGCACUGUUGCCAUGGUUACCAAAGUUGGCUACAAGCUUCAUGGUCGCACGCUGCGGCCGGCGCUGGUCGGUGUCGUCAAAGCUCCUUAGAAAUGCCGAUGCAACUGCCUGUAGUAUUUUUUUUUUUGGAGACUGAGAGGGGCGAUGGCUCACUCCCAGGUGCCUUGGAGACACCAUCACCAAACUGGACUGAGCUGAACUUUGGAAUACAAACCAUUUUUAAAUCAUCUGUCACUCAAGGAUUUAGCUGUUCAAUCUGUCAUUUCACAGCCAAUUGUUUUGCCACAUGAUCCCACCUAAGUGAGCAUCCCUUAGACGUUUGUCUGCUUACAUCAUUCCAGAUCAGGAAUCUUGAUUCAUGACCUUGUUGUGUGGCUCCAGUUUGAACGUGUAACGAAAUGUGUUGGCAGUCAUUUAUCUUUGGUUAUGUUGCGGUCAACAGAAGUCGUAUCAUGUAUCAACUUGAACUGUUCAUACUAAGAAGACUGGUCAUGUGACUUGUGACUGCUAAUACGCACAGCACACUAAAGUUUUAUUCAUCCUUGAUGUUAAACUCAACAGGUUUGGUAUCCAGUUUUUGGUCUCGGCAACUGAUUCAAGAAAUCGAGUUGUAGCCUCUCGUGGUGGGUUAAAGAAGCGAUGUGCUGCGUUAAGUGCAGCCUCACGAUUUUGGACAGGAACAGUUAAAGAGUUGAUUCCAGGGGUAAUUCAACAUCAGGGUCCACAUCAGAAAACAACUGGCAUGAUAUAAUCACAGGAAAAUAAUGUACAACCUCAAUAAAACGAGACUAAGAGAAACCCCUCUAUCCUCUCUUUGAGCAAACAGGAGCCGAAGAUGGACAACAAAACGGCAAGUCAAUGUCUCCACUUUAAUGUGUGUCCACUCGUACACCAGCACAAACAUGCAUCACUUCUCGUGUGCAAACGCAUUAGAAAAUCUGUAAAAAUGUCGAGUGGUAGGAAACACUGCAGAAACUCUGAGCACAGGAGCGGAAAGUUCAUACAAGACAUCAUACAGGAGGAAAUACA